ACACGUGAUUUUGUAGCUCAAAGAUCACAGGAAAACUUCGCCGUUCUUCCGGGCUUAGUCACACAUCGUCUGCUGUGUUAGUGUUGACGCAUCAUCACCAUGAGAGAAAUCGUUCACCUCCAAGCUGGCCAGUGUGGGAACCAAAUUGGUUCCAAGUUCUGGGAAGUGAUAUCUGAUGAACAUGGCAUCGACCCAACUGGAACCUACCACGGAGACUCUGAUCUUCAGCUAGAGAGAAUAAAUGUCUACUACAAUGAGGCCAUUGGUGGGAAAUAUGUUCCCCGUGCAGUCUUGAUCGACUUGGAGCCAGGAACCAUGGACUCUGUGAGAUCGGGACCAUUCGGUCAGAUCUUCAGACCGGACAACUUCGUCUUUGGUCAGAGCGGCGCUGGAAACAACUGGGCCAAAGGUCACUACACGGAGGGCGCUGAGCUUGUGGACACUGUCCUGGACGUGGUCCGUAGGGAGUCCGAGAACUGCGACUGUCUGCAGGGAUUCCAGAUGACACACUCGCUAGGUGGUGGUACUGGUUCUGGGAUGGGCACCCUGCUCAUCAGCAAGAUCCGGGAAGAGUACCCAGACAGAAUCAUGAACACGUUCUCGGUCGUCCCAUCACCAAAGGUAUCGGACACUGUUGUGGAGCCAUACAACGCCACCCUGUCUGUCCACCAGUUGGUUGAGAACACUGAUGAGUCGUACUGCAUCGACAACGAGGCUCUGUAUGACAUCUGUUUCCGUACGCUCAAGCUCACCACCCCAACAUACGGCGACCUGAACCACCUCGUGUCUGCCACGAUGUCCGGGGUGACCACCUGUCUCCGAUUCCCCGGCCAGCUGAAUGCUGAUCUUCGCAAACUGGCAGUCAACAUGGUUCCCUUCCCGCGACUUCACUUCUUCAUGCCUGGAUUCGCACCUCUAACCUCCCGCGGUAGCCAGCAGUACCGCGCCCUGACGGUCCCCGAGCUAACCCAGCAGAUGUUUGAUGCCAAGAACAUGAUGGCUGCCUGCGAUCCACGUCACGGUCGCUACCUCACUGUUGCUGCCAUGUUCCGCGGUCGCAUGUCCAUGAAGGAGGUUGAUGAGCAGAUGUUGAAUGUCCAGAACAAGAACAGCAGCUACUUCGUCGAAUGGAUCCCCAACAACGUGAAGACGGCCGUCUGCGACAUCCCACCACGUGGUCUCAAGAUGUCUGCCACCUUCAUUGGCAACAGCACCGCCAUCCAGGAGCUGUUCAAGCGCAUCUCUGAGCAGUUCACUGCCAUGUUCAGGAGAAAGGCUUUCCUCCACUGGUACACUGGUGAGGGUAUGGAUGAGAUGGAGUUCACUGAGGCAGAGUCCAACAUGAACGACUUGGUCUCCGAGUACCAGCAGUACCAGGAGGCUACUGUUGAGGAGGAGGGGGAGUUUGAAGAGGAAGAGGGUGAAGAAGAAGCCUAAUAUAAAAGAUAGAUUUACCAUAAUGGUAUUACUACUCGUCUUUAACAAUGCCAGAAAGUAAAGGGACAAAAGAUAUUUAGUCUUGAUUUUCAGUAAUGCAGACUGGGCGAUUCCACGGUAUUCAUUUUGUUGUGGGCGGGACCUUUUCGAUUUUAACCCUUGAUAUUUAUUUUAGUAUUUAUAGUAGAAACUUUGUAUUAAUAAUACAUUUAAAAUGCACAAGGGGUGCUGCACUGAGCAGAAAAAAAUCAUGUAAAAUAGUAUUGCUUAUGGCUAAUAGUAAUACAAAUGUUUGUAUCAUUAUUGCAACUGUCUUACAUCAAUUAAUAACUGAACAAUACUCCUAGGUUGGUGUGUAAACUAUUUUUAAGGACUAAUCAUAAACAAAACAGAAAUUCUUGCUGAUGGGUCAGUUAAAAUUGUUUCAUGUUAAUUUGCUAAAAAAAAAAAAAAACCUACUAAUUUAUGUUAUUAAUGAUACACAAUGCAAUAUUUUAUGUAAAACUCAAUAGAAAACAAGUUUUUGCACUGCAAUCCAUGUAAUUAAGAAAAUGUCCGCGGCGAAAAAACAACAUGCCAUUGAAAAAAUAAAAAAAUGACUACAGUUCAACUCAAAAAGUGCCCUGGAGAAUAGAGAAGUCUGUUGGCAAUAGCAGGGGUUGUUCUGUAAUUGUCUGAGCAUCCUUAAUAGGUAUGUUAAUUUGAAUUUAGGCAGCUACAAAUGUGUGUACACAUACACACUAGCAUCAUCCCACAGACAGGAUAGUACAUGCCAAGGCCUUUAAUAUACCAGUUGUGGUACACUGGCUGGAAAAAGAAACGGACCAAGAGGCCCACCAACAAGGAUCUUGGACAGAUCGCACAUCAAGCGAUGCUUUACUGCUGGACUACACCCAGCCCCUAUCUUAACUGAAAUUGAUUGGCCAUAAAAAAAAGUAAUGGCUCUUCGCUGCACAAAUGCCAUGGAAUCGCUCACUUUCAUUAAUUUAUGAAAAACACGAUUUUGCUCAUGUUUUGUUAUAAAGUUUGGAAUCCUUUUAUUAUUCCUAUUCUACAUUUGACCAAUCCUUUUUACAGGCUUAUUACUUACUGUUAAUAGUUUACAUAUAUAUAUAUGUACUAGUAUUAUGGGUGUAUGAUUGACGUUUAAUGUAUUUUUCUACUUCUGUGUAAACUUUCAUCUACUCUUACUGUCGUCAAUUAAAAGUGCAAUUUCGUCAAUAAAAAGUGCAAUUACA